GACAGGACAGCAGGUGCUCGGUGGCAGCGCAGCCCGCGCAGGACAUUCAGCGAGUCUCAGCCAGGCAGCCAGCCAGUCUCCAGCUGACAGACGUGAAGAUCGCGACUUCAUCUUGCCUGACUGAUAGACCCGUCAAGCAAAGGGCAUCUUAUUACAUACGAGAAGUGUUCACAAGCCACGUUCUUAUUAUCCUGUUGAAAUUCCCGCUGCCACCACGAAGAUGAGGUCCCGCGCGCUGCUCAGUGUAGCAGUGGUGUUGGUAGUGUCGGCGAGGCGGGCAGUCGGAUGGGGCCGCGGCUCCUCAUCCACACUGGAGGUGCUGCAGCGGUUGGCGAGCGGCGGCAGUGACCAUCCCAUCAUGGUGAAACAAGACACGCCGCUGCCGGGGGAGUCACCCAUCUACUAUGUGCAGCUGCCCUCCUCGCCCUACUACUACGCUGACAACUCCGCCUUGGCCACCGUGCCCCUCCCGCCCCACACCAAGGCAAGCACCCGCACAGUCCACCACACGCCACCAUCAAAUACAAAGGUGGACAUCGACUUUGCCAUCAACGGAAAACCUGGCAAGGUGUACCACUAUAGCUCCCCCAUCACCAAGCUCCACUACCCUCCAUUACCACCCCAUCACCUGCCCCUGCCAUCCACCUCACCACCUCCGCCGCCCUCGUCACCCCUACCACCGCUACCAUCCACAACCAUCACUCCUGCAACUACAGGGUUUUCUUCGUCAGACCCCACCCCAGACAAGCGGCUGAAGCACUCUAAGGUGGUGCUAAGGAAGAAGUUUUCAUUCAACGGAAAGCCCAUGAAGGUGUAUGUGUGGCGAGGAAGUUCACCGCUCACUAUAAAGAACCACAGGAGAGCUCGCCGUCCCUUCAGGUUCUGAGCUGAGGAGUCUAGUUUCUGUAGCGGCUUCUAUUUUACGUUAAGAUUAAAGACAAAUUAAUACUGUGUAUAAUAAGUGCUAAGUUAUGAACACACAAAAGUUAAUACAGAAAAGAAAUGCAAGAUUGUUACAUUACGAAGAACACACAAAAACAAACAGAUUGAAUAAUAUAAUUACU